GACCCUCGCACCCUAAUGAAACAAGACCCAAUCCAAAUAUGCAGCUCUCUCUGGGUCAAGACCUUCUCCUCCCCCAAAACCAUCUCCUUCCCCAACCUCACCGGCUUCCUCUCAAACUUCGACCUCUGGCUCUUCGCCUAUCAAUGCUCCUGCGCCCACGCCACCGGCACCUUCCCUCCGCGCAACGCCAUCCAUGCCCCCCUCCUCCACGACCUCCUUUCCCUCCGCAACACCGUCCUCCACGCCCGUUUCAUUUGGAACGACAAAAAAACCCUCUCCUCCGCGCCCCCAACGACACCGCCAUUUCCAAGCCCCUCUCCAAACGCAAACUCCAAAACAUUCUCCAAUCCAACGAGCCCUGCUUCCAAGAUUGCAUCGUUCAGGAGGUUCUCUUAAUGAUCCUCGAACCCGUCUUCAAACCAUGCUUCUCCCCCAAAUCGCACGCGUUUCGACCGGGUCGAAACGCCCACAUUGUUAUUCGCACCAUCCGGAGCAACUUCGCCGGUUACUUGUGGUUCCUCAAAGGGGAUUUGAGCGAGAUUUUGGACCGCGUGGAUCCAAACGUUGUAAUGAAUUCCCUCGAAAAGGGUACUAGGGAUAAGAAAAUUCUAGGGCUGAUAAAAUCUGCUCAGUGAAGUUACCGUCUUUGAUGGAGCUUUUGGUAGGGAGAGUAGGUUUUAGAGCACCGGAUGGGAGGUGAGCAGAAAGAGGAAAAAUGAAAAUGAAACGGGAAAUGCUACAAAGUCAAAGAUCCAACAUCAUGGUACUCACUCAUGGCUAUAGUUGUGAAGGACGGAGAAAGAAAGAACAAGUUAGAGAAUCAACACUAUAGCGCUGGUCUACAAUCAUAUAUAGUAGUGAAAAUUUGAAAGAUGUUAAGAACAAGGGAUCUCAGCACUGCAAUGCUCAACCAACCUCCAAGUUGUAAGAGCUUUCUUCACUUUGAAAGACUCCUCACUGCUACAACAGUGAUCGAUGCCUACAGUAGUUAAGUUAAAGUUUUUAGUUUUUCCUUGCUUUUAAAGAUCAUAUAAAUAACAAAAAAGGGAGAGAAAUAGAGGACGAGGGGGAACAUGAAAUAAAGAAAGAGA